UUUCCAACGCUGACAGGAACCAGGAAACUUUGUGCUGUCAAACCCACCUCAUCCGUGUUGUGUGUGGACGGCUGGGAGUGUGUGAGAGACCUGCACUGGAGAAUAAACGAUAAAGUGAACGAAGAACCGUGCAUUAGUACCGUACCGACUCAACAUGUCAGGAGAACCGAGAUUCGUGAGUCCUUUUUACCGGCCGCACUGUUUAGCUGCAGCCGCCCCGGCUGGAAAAGCCAAACUGACUCACCCUGGAAAAGCCAUUUUAGCAGGUGGACUCGCCGGAGGGAUUGAGAUCUGCAUCACAUUUCCAACAGAGUAUGUGAAGACACAGUUGCAGUUGGACGAAAGGGCGAACCCACCACGCUUCAAAGGGAUUGGUGAUUGUGUCAAGCAGACCGUACAGAGUCAUGGGGUCAAGGGCCUGUAUCGUGGCCUCAGCUCAUUACUUUAUGGCUCUAUUCCCAAAGCAGCAGUAAGGUUCGGGAUGUUUGAGUUCCUCAGUAACAAGAUGAGGGAUGAGUCUGGGAAGCUGGACAGUACCCAAGGCCUGAUCUGCGGACUGGGCGCUGGGGUAGCAGAGGCGGUAGUUGUAGUCUGUCCUAUGGAGACGAUAAAGGUCAAAUUUAUCCAUGAUCAGACCUCAGCAAAUCCCAAGUACCGAGGCUUUUUUCAUGGUGUUAGAGAAAUAGUUAGAACACAAGGAUUAAAGGGAACAUAUCAGGGAUUGACGGCGACAGUAUUGAAGCAAGGAUCAAACCAGGCUAUUCGUUUCUACGUCAUGACCUCCCUUAGGAACUGGUACAAGGGUGACAACCCCAACAAACCCAUAAACCCUCUGGUGACUGGAAUAUUUGGAGCCAUAGCUGGAGCUGCCAGUGUGUUUGGUAACACGCCGCUUGAUGUGAUUAAGACUCGAAUGCAGGGCCUGGAAUCUCACAAAUACAAGAACACUAUGGACUGUGCCAUCAGGAUUAUGAAACAUGAAGGGCCAGCAGCGUUUUACAAAGGCACUAUUCCAAGACUUGGGCGAGUGUGCUUGGAUGUGGCCAUUGUGUUCGUGAUCUACGAAGAGGUAGUGAAGGUUCUCAACGUAGUGUGGAAGACCGAUUAAUGCCGAGAGGGAGCACGCCGAGCACAGCCUGACCUUCACAUGAUCCCAGUGUCAUCUUGAAGCUGGAAGGGUGUCAGUAGGUGCUCACAAGUGGCCAAACAACAUCUCAUGAGCUGCUGAUGUGUGAAAUUUUCCUGAUGUUAUCAAGACCAAGAAAACAUUUCCUCAAUUAAUGUGAUGUGUGAGAAAACAUUCCUGACUCCAAGGGUUGGUUUGAUCUGGUAGAGUUUUUGAAAAGCUGAAUGCUUAAUGAGGAACGUCAUUUAAACAUUUGGCUUUAAUCAAGAACAAAGAGGAUCAAGCUGUACCUCAUGGUUUUAGCAUGCCAUUUUAGUAACAUGGUUUUGUUAGUAAUUUUACUCAUGGGAUUUUUUUUAUUCUUACCUUUCCAAGUGCCAAACGAACGUUCAGAUGCAUCAGUUUACGUCCACUGUCUGAUUUUUUGAUAUUCUGUCAAGGAGUCUUCACUCUUAUUUGCAAGAAGCUGCAGUAGCAGCAGAUACACCUAAUUACACUUGAUCUAUAGCUAUUACUAAGUCAUUUACACAUUCUUUCAAUAAUAACGUUUUAAGGACACAAGAGUUGAACAUGAACAAGCUAAAUGAGUGUUAUUUUUCCAGGCUAGAAUAUGACACUAAUAUACACUGAUUAGCCAUAAUAUUAAAACCACCUCCUUGUUUCUACACUCACUGUCCAUUCUAUCAGCUCCACUUACCA